UUAGUCAUUUCCUCUGAGUAAGUGAUCUGAGCUGUACAGUUACACUUUAGAACUGCUGUGCCUUGUAUGCGCCCACUCUCAACCGCAUCUGGGGUCUUUCACACCCAAGUAAAGCCUCUGAUUUUAACCUGGGAUCAAAGCAAGACAAAGAAAAGGUUUCAAGCAAGCCACGGGUUCAUACUCCUACAGAGGACUACUUAGGCGAUACACUCUCUUUUGGACUACACAAGAGCAAAUACAGAGAGCUGCUGUGCUAAAUCUAUUCAGAAAGCCAUGAGUGAUCCGUUUGACUGCGACAGCUGCAAGGAGUCCUUGUAUGGACGGAAGUACAUCCAGAUGGAUGAAGGUCCAUACUGCAUUCCGUGUUAUGACAGCCUAUUCGCCAACACAUGUGAUGAAUGUAAAGAAUUGAUUGGCCAUGAUUCUCGAGAACUUUAUUAUGAGGACCGCCAUUAUCAUGAGCACUGUUUUCGAUGUUUUCGUUGUGACCGGUCAUUGGCAGAUGAACCCUUCACAUGUCAGGAUGAGGAGCUCCUGUGUAAUGAUUGUUAUUGCAGUGAAUUCUCUUCCAAGUGUGUCAGCUGUGAGAAAACCGUCAUGCCAGGUUCCCGCAAAUUGGAAUACAAUGGGCAGACCUGGCAUGAACAUUGCUUUAUUUGCAACAGUUGCAAGCAGCCUAUAGGAUCACGUUCAUUUAUCCCAGAGAACCAGGCUCACUACUGCAUCCCCUGCUAUGAAAGCAAGUUGGCUCCACGCUGCACACACUGCAAAAAGUCUCUCACUAAGGGAGGGGUGACUUACAGGGAUGAACCGUGGCACAAGGAAUGCUUUGUAUGUACCGGAUGUAAAACCCAGCUGGCUGGGCAACAAUUCACCUCCCAGGAAGACAAACCUUACUGCAUCAAAUGCUUUGGCAACCUGUAUGCCAAAAAAUGUGACGGCUGCACUAAACCUAUCACAGGUUUUGGGGGUGGUAAAUAUGUCUCUUUUGAAGACAGACAUUGGCACCACAGCUGUUUCAACUGCAACCGCUGUUCUACGUCCCUGGUUGGCAAAGGAUUUAUUCCAGACAAUAAGGACAUUCUGUGCCGCUCUUGCAGUAGCGACCUAUAAACUCGCAAAGACAUCUGCUUCUAUCUGCGCCAAAGCAUGCAAACAGUAAACCUUUCCCCGACAGAGGGACCUGCUAAACCUUGCAGUGCAAUGAACUACAGGACCCUCUGACCCAGAAAGGGUUUUUCGUAUAUAUAAUGCUAGAAGCCAAAAUGGUCCUUAUAGAUAAAUAUAAAAAGUGUAUUACUGCAUUCUUAUUGACUUUGCACCAUGAUAUUUAGUUCUCAUGUUAUGGCUUUGGCAUUCCAGCAAUAUCUAUCUGUAACUAUUUUAUUGUUGACUGUAGUGAAUAAAAUGUGUUUGCCUCUUGCAGUAAA